AUGACCACUUCAGUCCAAUUAUUAUCUGCUGGUAUCAUAGACUUUGAUUUACAUCAUGGAAUCCAUGCAAAAGAUUGGUGGUGGCAAACCUCCAAAAAAGUGAAUAAAAUUGAAAAAAAUCCAACCGAUGCUGUAUCCAAGUUGUAUCAAAAUAUUAACCCUAAUUCAACAAGAAGAAUAUCUGGAGCUGAGGUUUUAGGAUUUGAAUUGGAUGAAGUUGUUCAAGACCAUUGA